UGCGCGAGCGAAUGGAGAAUAAAAUAUACACGGAUGCAAUUUUUCUUGAAUUUUGUUUUGUUUUUGUGGCACUUAUAACCACGGAUUUCCAAGUGUCAGCCACCGAGACCAGACGUUUUUGGAUUAAGCGGGCGCCUGGAUGUGGUUCUUGUUGACCCCUGCUUUCGAGAAAACCACCGAUAUUUGCGUUUUUUUGUAGGAGUAGGUGACGAAAUGGUUUGACAAGGGGGAGCAGUGCGUGCCGACGUAGCAGGUUGUUUUCAUCCACGCGCACGUAGCACGUGCGUGAAAUGCAAGUUAUCGUCUGCUGGCUGUAGGUUGGGAUGUGUACACGCAAUUGAAUGAGAGCUCUAUCGUUCCAAACGAUUUUCUUUCAGGUAUUGACAUAUCAACCAUAUUGGAUCUAUAUUUUUAUGAAUAUUCACCAUAAGUCACCAUGGCUGCCAAUGAAAAUGGUGCAUCUUCUCCAAAGUAUGAUCCCAGCAUCUUGGAGAAGGAGGAGGCCGCUCACUUCAGAAGAAUGAUGAAGAAUAAGUCAGAUCAGCGGGAGGACAUUCAGAAGAAAACCUUCACCAAGUGGCUGAAUUCACAGCUGUCCAGGGACCAAAAAGGCAAGGUUGUGAACGACCUCUUCCUUGAUUUGAGGGACGGCAACCACCUUCUCUCUCUCCUGGAGGUCCUCUGCGGACAAAAACUAAAAAGAGAAAAGGGUCAUAUGCGAUUACAUCAUCUGAACAAUGUCAACAGAGCUCUACAGAUACUAAGCCAACAACAGGUUCGUCUUGUCAACAUCAGCAACAAUGACAUCGUGGAUGGUAACCCAAAGCUGACGCUAGGGCUGGUCUGGAGUAUCAUUUCACAUUGGCAGGCGCAAGAACUUUUGAACGCAGAUAUGAGCGACAGCAGCAGAGAAACGAGCACCGAGAAGACGGUCUUGAACUGGUGCCGGGAGACAACGCAGGGGUACAGGAAUGUGGACGUCCGGAACUUCACCACGAGUUGGCGCGAUGGUCUGGCCUUCAACGCCUUGCUGCACAAGUACAGGCCCAACCUCUUUGACUACGACGCCCUCCUGAAGCUCAACCCCGAGGCCCGGCUGGAGCAUGCAUUCCGCAUUGCUCAUGAGGAGUUCAACGUCCACCGAUAUCUGGAACCCGAAGAUAUCAAUGUUGAGCUCCCAGACAAGAAAUCUAUCAUGAUCUACGUGAUCGACAUGUUCAAAGUCCUGUCGCAGCAAACUGAAGUCAUAUCAAGUAAAUCGGGACACACCAGGCCCGGGGCUGGCAAGACCUCUUCCUCAGAUCACACGCCCGUCACUCCCUCAUCAGAAACCCAGUCCUUUUCAGACAUGAGCGAGGUGGAUAUAGAGAGUUACCAAGGCAACAUGGAGAACGUCCUGGCCUGGCUGCUUGAAGCUGAAGACCACCUAAGCCACCAGGGUGCCAUCUCGAACAACGUGGACAAAGUCAAGGAGCAGUUCCACACGCACGAGGAGUUCAUGAUGGAGCUGACAUCCCACCAGAACAGUGUCGGCAACGCCCUCCAAGAAGGCAACUAUCUCAUCCUGGAGAACAAGGUGACGGACGACGAGGAGAACGAGAUCAGGGAGCAGAUGAGCCUUCUCAACAGCCGCUGGGAGAACCUUAGAAUAGCAGCCAUGGAAAGACAGACCAAACUGCACGAGGUCUUGAUGGAGUUGCAGCAGAAACAGCUGGACGACCUGGCCGCCUGGCUGGACCGGACCGAGGAGGUCAUCGGCCGGCAGGAGGGCAUGGGCAGCAACUUGGACCAGAUCAGCCAGCAGGUGGAAGAACACAGGAUGCUUCAAGAAUCCUUGGAGGAGCAGCAGAUGCAGGUCAACUCCCUGACCCACAUGGUGGUUGUGGUGGAUGAGAGUAGUCCAGAGAAUGCCACGGCUCUCCUUGAGGAGCAGCUGACCAGCCUCGGUGAGCGCUGGGCCCGGGUCUGCCAGUGGACCGAGCAACGCUGGGCCGUCCUGCAGGAGAUCUGGGCCCACUGGCAGCGCUUUGCCGAGGAGCAGCGACAGUUCAGCGACUGGCUGAGUGACAAGGAGUCCACCUUGGCCCAGAUGCGGCUGGCCGACGUGCAGGAUGCCCGGGGGGCCAUUGAGAGGGUGAAGAUACUCAAGAUACUGGAGCAGGAGUUGGAGAUCCAGCGCAACGAGUUUGACAAGCUUAACCGCAGCGCCGAGAGCAUCGUGGAGCAUUUAGAGGAGAACAACCGGGCGGUGGAGGACAUUCAGCUGGUGCUGGACGAGUUCUCUCAGCGAUGGGACAGCGUGGUCCAGCAGAUGGAAAUGCACUCCAAAUGGAUCGCUGACAGUGGCAUCAACCUGGAUGCCAUCCCGAUCACCGACGCGGUCAGCAGCACCACCACCUCCAAGACCUACCGUGGGGAGGCGGGUGGCACCGUCACCGAGACCCAGGUCACCAAGACCAUCACCCAGACCGUCCACGUUGCCCCCACCCCUGCUCCUGCCAGCGAGCCCCACAAGCGGCCCCACGAGGACAGCCAGCUGAAGCGGCAGUUUGACGGCGAGCUGGGCAGCCUGGUGUCAUGGAUGGAGGACGCGGAGCACAAGCUGAUGUCUUCCCGUGAGCCCUCGCCCGAGGAUCCCAACCUGGACGAGCAGAGGAAAUUUUACAGUACUUUGGAGAGAGAUCUAAACGAGAGGAAAGCCCGGGUGAAGAAUGUAUCGGAGCUUGGCAACAAGCUGAUCACUCAAACCCGCCUAGAGGGAACCUCGACCGAGCCUAUCCGCCACUCGCUGGAGAACCUCCAGGAGCGCUGGCAGGACGUACGCGUCAUAGUGGACGGACGCAAGCGCAACCUGGACCAGGCCUCCCUGCGGAAGCAGUUUAGCGACGAGUCCAAGCGGGUCCAGGAAGUGGUGCAGUCGGUCCAGGCCUGGUUGGAGGAACACGCCACGGUGGCCGACAGCCUGCAAGGGAUCCAGGCCCAGCUAGACCAGUGCAGGGCUAAGCAGAAGGAGAUGACCAUUAACAGCCACCGCCUGGAGCGCCUCACGGCCACCUCCAAGGACCUGACGGGCGACGCCACCAUCUCCCGCUCGGCCCAGCGGGAGACCAAGGCCCUCCGCCAGUCGUGGGAGGCAGCCCGGGCCGCCCUGGGGGACAAGGAGAAGCUGCUGGGCCGGGCGCUGGACUGCGCCCCACCCCAGCGCUACAUCGAGGCCAUGAAGGCGCUGACGUCGUGGCUGCAGAGCGUGGAGGCGGUGCUGAGGUCAGAGGAGUUCUUUGUGACGGAGGUGGAUGAGUUGGAGGACCAGCUGCAGAAAUACAAGGAACUCCAAUCCACCAUACAGCAGCAGCAGCCCAACUACGACUUUGUCAACAAGACGGGAAAGGACCUAGUGUCUGGUGCCCCGUCACCCUCGCAGGCCGAGACCCUGCAGCAUGACCUGAACAAGAUGAACCAGAGCUGGGGUGAGGUGACCUUUCUGGUGGAGGAAAGGCAGGGUCAGCUGGAGAGAGCCCUCAGCGAACUCAAACUGUGGCAGGAUGAAGUGAACGGCCUGAAGAGUUGGAUGGCUGAGGUUGACACGUUUCUGUCUGCUGAGGAAAUUGCCUUGGGUGACUUAGAAGUUCUCCAGGCCCAGCUGGAGCAAGGACAGGCUCUGACCGACGACAUCCAGACGCUGCAGCAAAACAUGGACAACAUCAACGAGACCGGGCAGAAGUUGGCCAAGGAGGGAGAUUCCCCUUUCGCGGACCGCAUCACGGCGGAGCUGAAGCAGUUGCAAGCCAAGUGGACGCAGGUGACCAAGCUGGCGAGGGAACAGCGACAGAGUCUUGAGACAGCCCACGGCAUGUGCAAGAAGCUGAAAGACGAGAUACUGGAACUGAACGACUGGCUGGACCUGACCGAAGCGGACUAUAUCAGCAAAGACGCAUCCAUCCAAGACCCCACCGACAUCCAGAACAAACUCAAGAAAGUCAAGAAAGCUCAGGAAGAUGCCAAAGAUAAAGAACCUGUCAUGGCCUCAGCAACCAAGGGCCACUCGGCGCUGGUCGCCAAGGCCUCCCCGGACACUGCCCCAGCCCUCUCGUCGGAGUACUCGGCCCUGAACGCCCGCUGGACAGCCCGACGGGAGAAGCUGGCCUCUGCGCAGAAGCUGCUGGCCGAGGCCGCCGACAACUGGCGCCAGCUGAAGUUGCUGCUGGAGGAGGAGACCGUGUGGAUGGAGGGCUUUGAGAAGAAGCUGCAGAAUCCCUCCCUGAGCCUGGACGCCGAGGAGAUAUCAGAAGAGAUUGAUGCCUUGGAGCUGGCUGUCCAGAAGCAUGCCGUCGACAACUUGGAACGCAUCAACAAGCUGAGCCAGAGCCUGGUGGCCAACGACAUCAUGGUGUCUGCCAUGGAGCGGGAGACGAAGAUCUACAACCAGAAGGCCAAGGAGGUCAUCGCCCAGGCCAAAGAGUGCCAACAGCGGCUGGAGAACAAUGUGCAGCUCCUGCAGCAGUUGGAGAAGGACAUGCUGGUGCUGCAGAGCUGGAUCACCAUCGUGGACAGGACGCUCAACGGCCGGCUGGCGUCGCGGGUCUCUGCCCUGGAUGUCCCCAGUGAAUUUGAGCAAAUGAAGUCGGAGUUUGAAGCCCACGAGACUGUGCUGUCCAACAUCGACAGUAGGGCCACCGCAUUGAUGGAACAGACCAGCAGCUCAGCCAAUCAGAGGCUCCAUCAGCAGGUGGAGAUACUACGGAAAAACAUGGAUGAGCUCCAGCACAAGUUUCGGAAGUUCCAAAAACCGUCUGAUUUUGAGCCCAAGAUGGCCCAUGUCAAGGGGAUCCUGGACAACGUCCAGGAAGGCAUCGGGGUCUUGGUGGUCAAGAACCGAGAGCCAGAGGUCAUCAAGACCCAGCAGGAUGCCUGCAUGGGCUUCUACAAGACGCUAAGCGAGAUCAAGCAUGAGGUGGAGUACGUCAUUAAGACAGGCCGCAGCAUCGUGGAGCGCCGGCAGCUGGACAACCCAGCUGAGCUGACGGAGCGGCUGAAUGCCCUGAAGCUGCAGUACAACCAACUGGGCAAGCGGGUGACAGAGGGGCGGGACGAGCUGGAGAAGGCGCUGUCGCUCAGCCGCAAGGCAAAGAAGGAGCUGGUGGCCCAGGGCGAGUGGUGCCAGACCCGGGAGGCGGAGCUGGGCCGGAAGCAGAACGAGGACGCGGAGGGCGCUCCGCAGAGCUUGAAUCAGGAGGUUGAGUGGUGUAAGAAACUGGAGCACGACGUCAGGAAGCGGCAGAACUCAAUGGGCGAGUGCAAGAAGCUGGCCGACAAGCUGAUCGCCUUGGCCGAGGAGGGCAGCCUGGACUCCCUCAAGGAGGACUGUGAGGAGAUAGAGAAGAGACUGGCCAAGCUGUCUGGCCAAGUCAAAGACAGGCACCUGCAACUCAAGAAAUACCUCGAUCAAAUAGCGGAGUUCCGUCACAGUCUUGGUGAGGUGAAGCCGUGGCUCGCCGAGGCUGAGAGGAUCUUAGAUGCCUCGGACAAACUGCCGAGAGAGGAGAAAGUCGGUGAAGAGGAACUGGCCAAGUGCAGGAAAUUGCAAGAGGAAUCGGAGGACCUAGCUACGAGAGUUGAAGAGAUCCGUGACCAGGCCUUGGAGCUGCUGCGGCUGGGCGGCGAUUGCCGUCGCUCCACAGAGCCCGACCUCAUCAGCCUCAACCAGAGAUGGGAAGACGUGUGCCAACGGGCCAAGGAAGAAAGAUUGAAAGAAGAGAAAUUAAAGGAAGAACAAGAAAGACUCAAGGCAGAGAGAGAACAGGAACGAUUAAAACAGGAGGACAAGGAUCGUCAGGCUGCUGCUACUGAGGUGAUUCCCAAGGAGGAAGUUGAGCAGCCCAUUGCCAUGGAAACCGAAGAUGUUGUGCAGUCAGCACCCAACCACCCCUGUGUCCCUGACGAUGCGGAGACUUCUGCACAGAUCUCGGAGGAGAUCGUUGAUGAGACUGUGCACUGCGAGUCCAUCGAGGAGCUGGAGAUGCAGCCGGACCUUUCCACCUUGCAGUGGGUCACCCCAGCCCGGCUGGCAGCCGGGGAGGAACAGGACAGCUCUGAGAGGACGGACUCAACAGUCGACGAGCGCUGUGAGCAGCAGGUCGUGGAAACGGUCCAGGGGGCCCUGAACCUGGACGUGGUGCUCGCCAGCGUCGGCGACAAGGAGGCAGGCGAGGCGGGCAAAGACGAGGAAGCUGAGAGGCACAUUGCCGAGUUUCAUGUCAUCUUGGAGCAGACCAACCAAGCCAUUGACCUGUGUGAUCACAGACUAGUGGACGGUAUGGACCUGAGACCGGAAGACUUUGAACAGGAUGCUGAGCAAAGUGUGCAGGAUACCAGUGAAGCCAUCGAUUCCCUGCAACCCGACGUGGAAAACCUGAUAGCGCAGGGGGAGACCCUGAUCAGCCAGACCAAGGAACACAACCCCAAGCAGUGCCGGCAGCUGGAGGCCAAGCUGGGCACCCUCCGCAAUCGCUGGAACACGCUGCGGGGAGAUGCGGAGAGUCGAAAGGACGCGCUCAAGGAGGUGGUGCCCCAGUGGAGCAGGUACCAGGGAGAGGUCAGGGAGAUGGAGGCGUGGCUGGAGGAGAUGGGGCGGAGGAUAGAGCAAGGCAAGGAAGAUGAAGACGCUGUGAAGGCCCUGCAAGAAGAAUUUGACCAGAAGCAGGAGGAGUUGCAGCGCCUCAUGCUAGAAGGCAACGACCUUGCCCAGAAGGGGGCCAAGUCGGUGGUCACACCCGCCCAGCUCCGGCUCCACGCCCAGUGGCGGGAGGUGGAGUCGCAGUUCCACCAGUACCGCCGGCCCGUGGAAGAGGAGAUCCUGGUGGAGCGGACAGUCACCACCAUCCAGGCCACCUACCGGCUGGACAAGACCCUGCAGGCUGGUUCUGGGGCCGAGGUGGAAGCCGCGGACUCCGCCGUCCGCUCCCCUGAGGGGGCAGAGUCGGUGUCCACGGCCGUCCUGGAGUUCCUGGAGGAGGUGGAGCGGGUCUGGGUCAGGAUUCAGGAGGUGAUGAAGGAGCUGGAGACCAGGGAGUUGAAUGGUGGGGCAUUUGACAGUUUCUCCCUGCAGGAGGAUCGGCUCAAGGUGAUCCAGGAAGCCCUCGACGACCUACGACCCGAGGUUGACCUCUUGCAGACCCGUCAGCAUGACCUCCUGGUCACUGCCAGCGAGAGAGAACGUACUGCAAUCUUGGAGGUGAUGGAGCCGGCCGGUCAAGACUGGGACAGAGUCAACAGAGAGUACCGGGAUAGGCAUGGGCGGUUUGAGUUGUGCCUUGAGCAGUGGCGGAAGUUCCACUGCGACAUGAGGGAUCUGGGCCAGUGGCUGAACCAAGCUGAGAAGAUCGUCCAGGACUGUCGCAACUCCUCCGGCCGUCUGGACAUCAACAAGGCCCGCACCCGACAACUGAGUCUGGAGGAAGGCAUCGCUAACCAUCAAAGCAUGGUCAGCUCGCUUAAUAACAACGGUGAGACCAUCAUUGCCCAGACCUCCACCCCGGACGGCGGCAUGAUGAAGGACAAGCUGGACCGGCUCAACGCCCGCUGGCGGUCAGUCUGCACAGAGGUCACGUCGUGGAAGGAGAGGUUCCAAGAUGGUGGUGAGCAGCUGGAAGCCUACCGGGAGGAGUAUGAGGAGCUCCAGUCCUGGCUGGACGAGUGCCAAGGCUUGAUGGAAGGUCCUCAACCAAUCCCGGGCGAUACCAAGUCACUGCAGGACCUUCUGGACAAGGUCAAGGAGCGAGAGAGACAGCUGCCUGCCAGACGAGACAUCGGUAACCAUGUCAACAAGUCUGGCCAGGGACUCCUCAGCAGCGGCACUCUCAGUGACAGUCUGGUGUCGGACAUUACCAUGGAGCUCAAAGAAGUCAAUGCACAAUUGCAAAAGGUGUCGACGUCGUUGCCCAAGUACUGCCUACAGCUUGGGGAGCGUCUCCUGAACACCCGGUCCUUCCUGGAGGAGCUGGAGGAACUGGGCAAGUGGCUGGGUGCCACCAUGGACCUCCUCAAGACACAGCACGGGCCCGUCGGGUCUGUCACGUCGGAUGAUGGAGACGAUUCCAUAAUUGUGGACCCCAAGACAAUGCAACAAGCCCUCAAGGCCCGGCAGGCCAACAUGGACAGCGUCAACCACACGGGCGACCGGCUGAAGCGGGAGGCGCGGGCCGUGGGGGCCGCUCUCCCAGAGCCCCUGCAGGACAAGCUCGACAAGCUCAACGGGGACUGGGCCAAGAUCCAGUACCUGGCCGCCCGCCUCAAGCCCACCCCCGCCGAGUUAAGCGCAGAGCAGCGGAGGAUCAUGCAGAGAGCAGUAAUAACGGAGACGUCCACCGUGACCACGCGAGCCGAAGUCCAGCGGUCGGCGAUGGAGACAGCGGUGGUGGAAACCACUUCCCCGUGGCCUGACUUUGACAGGGUCGUCGCAGAGCUGCGUGAUUGGUUGACACUGUUGGAGCGGAUGUUGCGACUGCAGACGGUUACCGUCGGCGACCUGGAGGAAAUGGAGGAGAUGAUAGCCAAACAGAAGGAGAUCUGGUCGGGGGUGCUGCCUUUAUUUUCUGCCCUGGCCCCCAGCGACAGGCAGCUCAUAGGGGGUCUGGUGGUAGAUAUUGUCACCAUGCUAGUACAGCUAGAGUCUCUUCUGCAAGACCUCGAGGAGAAGCACCCACAGUUGGACGAGUUAGUCAGCCGAGCAAAGACGCUCCAGCUGGAGUCGCAGACAGAAGGCAGCAAACAGCUGCUGCAAGAGAAGGUGGACAAGCUCCUGGACCUGUGGAACAGCGCCUCCCUGCGGGCCAGCUCCCGCUCCCGCCAGCUGCAGGCCAUGCUGACCGACUCGCAGCAGUUCCACGAGCUGACCGACGAGCUUUGCCACUGGCUGGGCAAGAUGGAGCAGACCUUGGACGGCUACGCGCCCGUGGGCGACGAGGUGGCGGUGCUGCAGGGCCAGUUGGAAUCACAAAAGGCUUUCCUGGAGGAGGUCGAGCAGUGGAAGCCGUGCAUCGAUGCGGUGAAUGAGUCGGGCGAGCGGCUCAUAGUAGACUACAGUGCCGACGACACCAACCGCAUUCGGCAGAUCCUGGACACCGUGCGGGACCGCUGGACCACCAUAUGUGAUAGGUCCAACCAGCGACUGCACGCCAUUGAGGAGACGCUGCGCUCCAUGCAGGACCUCCCCUCCCAGCUGGCCGACUUCUUCCUCUGGCUGGAGGAGCUGGAGCAGCCCAUGGACUCGCUGAAGCGCGAGACGGACAACGAGACGGCCCUGCGCGACAAGGAUCAGGUGGAGGUCUGGCUGCAGCAACUAGGGGACCUCCAGGCGGAGAUUGAGGCCCACCACAAUGUGUUCUCGGCACUCAAUGAUGCGGGCGGCACACAGCUCAAGAGCGGCGAGUCCAAGGAGGAGACGGAGAUGCUGCAGCAGCGGCUGGAGGAGAUGAACCGGAGGUGGAGUAAGCUGCAGGGGAAGUCGUCUGAGAUCAGACGGCGGCUGGAGGCCAAUGCUGAGGAGUGGAGCACCCUCCUAAAGGCCUUCCAAGACCUCCUGGAGUGGAUCCGCUCAAAGGAGGAGGAGCUCACCUCCAAGAAGCCGGUGGGAGGGGACUACAACUCAGUACAGCAGCAGAACGAAGAUCACAAAGUCUUCAAGAGCCAGCUGGAGGAGAAGCGACCCACCAUGGAAAGGAACAUCCAGAUGGGCCGUCUCUACCUGACGGAGCACGGUGCUGCCGUCACCUCGGCAGCUGACAGCAGCAGCAGCGAGGCAGUCACCCUCAGCUCACGGGGCAGCGACGACGCAAGCAGCCUGGACCGCGAGCCCGAGCCGGCCUCCUCAGCCGAGGACCAGGCGCGGCAGAUCGUCCAGAGCCUGCGGCUGAGCCUGGCCGGCCUGCAAGAGAGGUGGGCCCAGCUCAACGGCCGGUCGGAGCACUGGCAGAAGAGACUGGACGAUGUCCUGGCGAAAAUGCUUGGACUCCACCAAACAAUGGACGAGCUGAAUGCCAAGCUGCAUGAGGCAGAGUCCUUAAAGUCAAGAUGGCGGAUGGUCGGUGAUCUGACCAUUGACAGCCUUCCGCAGCAUAUCGAAGAAGUCAAGCGGUUUCAGGAGAGGAUAGCGCCCGUCCAGCGGGAUGUGGACCACCUCUCCCAGCUUGCGGCCCAGUUCCCGCCGGCCGCCGUCACCCUGAGCACCGUCAACCAGAGCCGGCUGGAGGACCUGUACAAGCGCUGGAAGAUGCUGCAGAUAUCGGUGGAGGAGAGGGGCAAACUGCUAAACGAGGCCCUGCGGGACUUUGGACCUCAGUCCCAACACUUCCUCAGAGUGUCAGUUCAGCACCCGUGGGAGAGGGCAGUAGCCGGUAACAAAGUCCCCUAUUACAUCAACCACGCAACAGAGACAACUCACUGGGAUCAUCCCAAGAUGACAGAGCUCUUCCAGUCGUUAGGUGAGCUGAACGCCGUCAAGUUCUCAGCUUACAGGACUGCCAUGAAGCUGAGGAAACUCCAGAAAGCCCUUUGCUUUGAUCUGCUGAGCAUGAACAGUGCCGACCGGAUCUUCCAGCAGCACGACAUCUUGGCUUCCUGCACUGACCGCACGCUGGACGUCAAUGAGAUCAUCACCUUCCUGACUAUUGUGUAUGAGGCCAUUGCGGUGGACCAUCCGACAUUGGUCGUGGUGCCGCAGUGCGUGGACAUGUGCCUCAACUGGCUCCUCAAUGUCUACGACACGGUGCGCAGUGGCCGCAUCAGGGCGCUCUCCUUCAAACUGGCCAUCAUCAUCCUCAGUAAAGCUCACCUUGAAGACAAAUACAGAUAUAUCAUCCGGUGUGUGGCCAACAACAGCGGUUUCAUUGACCAGCGAGGCCUGGGCCUCCUGCUUCAUGACUGCAUCCAGAUACCGCGGCAGCUGGGGGAGGUGGCGUCCUUUGGCGGCAGCAACAUCGAACCCAGCGUGCGCAGCUGCUUCAACAUGAGCGGUGGCAAGUCCCACAUUGAGCCACCUCAGUUCCUGGCCUGGAUGAAGCUGGAGCCCCAGUCCAUGGUCUGGAUGCCCGUCUUGCACCGCAUGGCGGCCGGCGAGACGGCCAAGCACCAGGCCAAGUGCAACGUCUGCAAGGAGUUCCCCAUCGUCGGGUUGCGGUAUCGCUGCCUCAAGUGCUUCAACUUUGACAUGUGUCAGAACUGCUUCUUCUCAGGCCGGGUGUCGAAAAAUCACAAGCACUCCCAUCCUAUGCAGGAGUACUGCACAACAACUACCUCGGGAGAAGAUGUGAGGGACUUUGCUAAAGUUGUGCGGAACAAGUUCAAAUCCAAGCAUUACUACCAGAAACAUCCACGGGUGGGCUACCUGCCCGUUCAGUCAGUACUAGAAGGGGAUGACCUGGAAUCACCUGUGACAUCACCACAGCAGAUGGCCAAUCAGGACAUGCAUACCAGAUUAGAACUGUAUGCCAGCAGGUUAGCUGAGGUGGAACAGCACGGGUCCUUUCUGACACCAUCCCCCGACUUGGAUGAUGAACACCAGUUGAUUGCACAGUACUGCCAGAGCUUAGGAGGGGACAUGUCUUCUGUGCCGCGGAGCCCUGCUCAAAUAGUUGUAGCCAUUGAAUCUGAACAGAGGGGUGAACUAGAAAACCAGAUUCUCAUCUUGGAAGAAGAGAACAGGACUCUCUUGGUAGAGCUGGACCGGCUGCACGCCCUGCGGCGCGACGACCACACCCGGGCGGAGGUGAGCUCAGAGGAGGACUAUCAUCACUCGCCGGGCCGGGACACGGAGCUGGUGGCAGAGGCCAAGCUCCUGCGGCAGCACAAGGGCCGCCUGGAGGCCCGCAUGCAGAUCCUGGAGGACCACAACCGGCAGCUGGAGGCUCAACUGCAACGGCUCAGGCAACUCCUGGAACAGCCCGCUGACCGUAGCGCGUCACAAGCCUCUUCCUCUCGCACAACCCCUGCCGUCUCCCCCACCUCCUCCAUCAGCUCGUUGCCCCGGUCGCGCAGGCUCCCUGGCCACGUCACCUUGGAGUCAUCGCGGUCACCUGCCAACGGGGGCACCAGCGACUAUGACAGCGAUAUGGCCGGUGAAGACCACAUGCAGCCUUCCCCCCACACACCUCCGCAUCUCAAAGAUGACCCCAUCCGGGAGGAUGGGGGUAAGGUGGACCUGGACCAGGUCAUCAAGGAACUCAACAACAUCCCCGACGACAAAGGUGCUACUUCAACUGGUGCAAGCCAGGUGGGGAGUCUCCACCACAUGGCCGACAACAUUGGCAAGGCGGUAGGGACUCUGGUGACCGUCAUGACAGAUGACGAACACAGUGAUAGAGAAAACGAGACGUAGGGUACAGCAAGUGGUCACAGAAAUAUUACCAAAUGCACACAUGAACACACAUGGGCUUCCCAGUGCAUCCUCAAACACAGCAGAGCCAAGCUGCAACUGAACAUUGUACGUUGACCAAACUGGCUUAGGCAGAAUGUGACAGACUGCAGGGCGUACACAGUGACACACAGGGUCAUAAGUGCAGGCAGUGAGGGCAGAGGAUACUUAUUGAUUUCCUAGGAUUUUUUGCAUGAAAUGGUUGAGAGCAAACGGCCAGUGUCACGGACAGAGUCUGCAAAAGAAAAUGGAGUUGAUUGCGUAGCAAGAGUGAACGACGGCAGAUAAUGGUAUUGUCAAGCCUGGCUAGAUGUUAAUUGUGUCAGGUAGAGUUGGCCCGACUAGGUCUACAACAGCAAACUUGUGCAAGAAAGUAGCGGAGGUAGUGGGCCUUCCGGUGUGCUUAACUGCUCCAUGUACAACUCGUAGAGGGCAGUCUUCACUUUGGGGAUUUACUGUGAGGAUGAUUACUCCUUGGUCAAUUGUGCGAGCGAGCACCGGCCUCUAAGCAGUAGCCAUUUGGGCUACCCACCUUGUUGCAGCUGCUGCUUGUUUGUGAGGCUUUGCACACGUCUUCAGUGUGUGGGUGUCGUAGCAUCAACCAAAAAAUGGGGCUGUUGCCUGUGGCAUUUGAUGUUAGAUUACCUGGAACCUUUUUGGUGAGGAAGACAAGGCACCAGACCAAGAUGGCCACACGGUGACAUCAUGGGCACCGGCACAACCAAAACAGUGAGAUACUGUGCUUGAGGAUGCUGGAAAUCAUGGUGACUCCAGCCCCUCCUCAAAAGACAGACAUCAAGGACAACUUGUGAUCUGGUUGUUGAGGAACAAGACCAAGAUGGCAGUGGUGUGAGAUCCACUCGGAUCAUUCCACAACUCAAAAUGACCAUUUUUGCAGCCGGUAAUAGAGCCAUGCCCUGUCAGUCAAAGCCUUAUACCUCUCUACCAAUCCUCAACUCGGUAGUUUUAUUUGAAAUUUACUUGGAGUAGAUCACUGUAGAAAGAAACAAAAACUAGUUUAUACUUCUUGCAGAAUAGCCAAGUCAUCAAUAGUUUUAAAUCUCCACACUUGCAAGGCUCCCACUUGGUCCCUGUGGUACCUUUUAGGCUGUCCAUUGUUUACUUCGACCCACCGCAUGAUGAAUUUAUAUUUAUUGUGUCAAGGCAUUGUCUUUGAUUAUUUGCUGAUGUGGAACUACGUUAACAGUUCUUCCAAAAUACUGGCAGAGUCUUUGAUGUGCCGGUACUAUUUUUUUCUUUCAGUUUUCUUCAUUUGUACUUAUUAUAAUCAUUUUUUGGGUUGAUUAGGAAUACUUUAAGUAUACCUUGUAAAUGUAUUUACUUACAAGAGAGAUAUGCCUAUUUGAAAGUCAGUAUUGUUUUGGUAUUUUAUCCCUAUACACCAAAAGCCUGCAAUGUACAUCAUGUUGCAUUUAUCCUAAAGUGUAUUCAGUGUUUUUUUUUCAUUUUAAAGAAAUGUUAGCAGCUUUGUUAUGUUGAAGAAAUGUUACCCACUGCUUACAAGCCACAACUCAAUAUACCAAUUCAUGGAAGGCUAGGUUUUUUCCUUUUUUUUUCUUUUGCUUGUUAUAUCCCUCAGUCUGUUCCCUGCAGAUGUGAUUCUGAGAUUAUCUGUACUUUGCAUCUUACUACAUUUCAGCGUGGGUCAGUACAACUUCUCAGAGGAGUAAAGGGACCAUUAGCCUUUUGCUUCAUGUUCAAGAAUGCCUGUGUGGCAGUUGCCAAUUUCUGACAAAAUUGGUUCUGCAUCCCGUUUAGAAAAAAAAAGUGUUAUGCACUGAGAGCCACUGACCUAAAAAGACACAUUGGCCAGUAUCUUGUCUGCCCUUCUUGAAUCUUUAAUCCAGAAAAUGUUACAGAAUAAGAACAACAUUCUGCCCGCUGGAUACCCAAGUCCAUUGAUGUAUCGACCUACGAUUCCUUGUUUACAAAUUUAAAUAUCUAAAUCACAUUAAGGAUGUGAAAUUAGCAUUGAAAGCAAGGCUGCCAUUGCUGUGCCAUUUGGAAUCUUUUGUGCUUUGGUCCUCGGCCAAUGAUGUGGUUUGAAGGGCCCCAGUGUCAAUGCUGAUGUGAAAUUUGUUGUAUUGGAAAAUACUGCCUUGUGUUGGGAGUGGCAGAUUAGUAUGUUGCCCUUGCUUAUAAUAGCAAGGUUCUUAGUGAAAUGCUCUCAGUGGACAUGAGCUUGACUGCCAUUUCACCAAGCAAUGCUUUCCUUCAUGGUCCGCAUGGGCAUGUUCUUUCCUUCCUCCUGUUAACCCAAGGGCGCAUUCCACUUGUGUAAACUUGGCCGAUAUUUGCAGUCCAGGCCUAUCAUUUUGUAGCCCAUCAACUGGAGUACUGUAGACUGUCAAUCCCCCAGUAUGUCUCGCUGAUGAAUUGGCAUUUAAAUUUUUGAAAAAAUAAUAAAAAAUGAAAAACCAAAACCAAUAAAUCAUAGGCCUGAAAAAGCUGUGUUUGAAAUGGUUUCUUCCCCCCCCCCAAAAAAAAACCCACCAGGCUACCAUUGCAUGUUGCGAAAGUACAGUAGAAUCUCACGUUUGAUUCUGACUUUGAUUUGUCCUUGUCAGCAGUCAAAAUUGAACCAUUGUCUUUUGUACAGCUGUCUAUUGUUAAGUGAAUGUAUUUUUCCUUUCUAAUGUGACCUACUUACUUGAUUCUGUCAGCCUUAAUUCUCAUAUUUAUUAACCGUUUGCUGUAACCAUCACAUGUAUAUGAUUCGUUUUCUCUUUUAGAUUUCUGUAAAUAUAACAGUCUAGCUUUGUAACCUCUAUCCUUUUUUGUAGUCCUCCCCAAUGUCAGUCAAUUAACACCAAUGUGUUUUACUGGUUUUGUGCCGAAACUUUUAACGAAAUGAAAGCAAAAAUCACACAAAGGGUGUUAUCAGACAAAAUACCUGAAAAAAAUCCAGAUGAACUAAAAACAAAUCUUGAUCAUUAACACUUUCGUUGGGAAGAUUUGAAGGACUAGCAUUUAUUAUCAUGCAUACACAAUUUCAAUUCAGAACUAUUUGCCUAUUCCCAAAUGAAACCGUCAGUUGGGAAAGUAAUUUUUAGCAAGUGGUCGUGUUUGAGAAAAAAAAAUAUGAUGCAAAGGGAAUUGCCCCCAAACCAAAGUGGUGUGUAUAGGCCCCUCUGAUUUCUGUAGGGAAUUUGACAAAUGGACAAAAAUGAUUUGCUUUUCUAUGUGAUCAUCUGUAAUUUUAACUUUAGUAAUAAAACAUUGUAAAAUAUUGAAGACGGACAUUUAA